AUGUCGCGAGUGAGCGCGGCGGCGGACGCACGUUUCGGCGGCACUCGUCAGGACCCCACAGCUGGCCGUGGCCGUCAAGAAUCGAUGGCCAACUCAAAACAGCCGCUGGCUUCGGUUGAGAAUCAUCUUCACAAGAGGGAAUCAGUCCAACCGGAUGGGACAGUUGAUGCCUCCACCUCGGAGCUCGACUAUUUGAUUGUGAAACGGACGGCAGUCGCGGAUCCGGCAAUGCAAGCGGAGUGGGCGCAGAAGAGACAAGUCUGGGUACCGCAUGAGAAGGAGGGCUUCGUUGCGGCGCAUAUCAAGGAAGACAAGGACGAAACCUACAUUGUGGAGGUGGUUGAGACCGGCCAACAGUUGAAGUUGAGCAAGGACGACUGUCAGAAGAUGAAUCCACCCAAAUUUGAUAAAGUAAGGAUAAGAUUGUUUGAAUUUGAUGAUUUUUAGAUAUUUUGAGGUUGAAAAUUGUGUUAUUAGAUACUAACUGGGUUGAUAUUUCAGGUAGAAGACAUGGCCGAUUUAACCUGCCUGAAUGAAGCGUCGGUUCUGCAUAAUUUGAAGGAUCGAUACUACUCCGACCUUAUUUAUGUAAGUUAGAAGAUAAAAACAGACGUUACAAGCAUUAUAUUGCCUUUGCUAUCUCAAAGAAGAAUAAAAAAUUAAUUAAAAACCUUUCAGACCUACUCCGGUCUUUUCUGCGUCGUUGUAAAUCCCUACAAACGUCUUCCGAUCUACUCCGAACAGCUGAUCGACGCCUUCCGUGGAAAGAAACGUCACGAGAGACCUCCGCACAUCUUCGCCAUCGCUGAUGUGGCCUACAGAUCGAUGCUUCAAGAGAGAGAAGACCAGUCGAUCCUGUGUACUGGAGAAUCGGGCGCCGGGAAAACGGAAAACACCAAAAAAGUGAUUCAAUAUCUGGCUCAUGUGGCUGGAAUGAACAGAGGCAGUAAAGGGAGUAAUUUGCCAGGAAAGGUAAGUGAAGACUAGAAUUUUUUGAUUUUUUCCUCUGAUUUUUUUUUUUUUUUUUUUUUUUUUUUUGAUGACUUAAAAUUUCUAUUUUGAAGCGGGUUUCUGCAUGUGGAUGGUGCGAAAUGCCCUAAAAUUAGAUUUUUUCGCUAAUUUUCAUUGCCUGAAGCUGUUUUAUUACAGUUGAAAGUUUAUUUUUUCGAAUAAUUAGUCAUUUCUUACUUUUUCGACCAAAAAUUCCAAAAAAAGCCUUUAAAUUUGGCUUUGGAUGCGAUUUUUUCCAAAAUUAUGACGAAAAUUAUAUCGUAUUUUUCUUCAGGGGGAAUUAGAGAACCAGCUUCUCCAAGCCAACCCGAUUUUGGAGGCGUUUGGAAACAGCAAGACCGUCAAGAACGACAAUUCAUCCAGAUUUGUAAGUUUAUUUUGAAAAAAGCGUAUCUGUAAGACCCAUUUCCAAAUAAAGUUUAAAAUUUUAUUUGCCUAAUCACUUUAGGGCAAGUUCAUCCGCAUCAAUUUCGACACGUCUGGCUACAUUUCGGGCGCCAACAUUGACUUUUACUUGCUCGAGAAGUCGAGGUGUUGCCGUCAAGCGCCGAACGAGCGAUCAUUCCACAUAUUUUAUCAAUUUUUGAGAGGAACCUCGCCCGAAGAGAAGCAGAAUUACCUGUUGGAGGACAUUGGGAACUGCGCUUUCUUGAAUAAUGGCGCUGUGGCUGUCCCGAAUGUCGAUGAUGCCAAGGAAUUCCACGAAACAAUCAAAGCCAUGAAGAUUAUGAGCUUUAGUGAUGAGGAAAUCACUUGUAAGUUGGGCAGGGAAAUUCUGAGGGCGUUAAAAUGCAUGGGGCGAGAAUUGGGGCGAUUUUUCGACCAAAAAAUUGUCAAUUUGGCUCUCAGUUUGGUUGGAUUUGAAUGUAAUGGAACGUUGUCAAUUGGGGAAAAUGACUGUUGGAGAAGCUGAAAGAUAGUAUUUUUCUUGCCUGUAAGUGUCGAAAUUAAGAUAAUCGAUGGCGUCGAUUUCAUAAAUCAUAUUCAUUUUUUCUAGUCGUUACUUUUUUUUCUUAAGCAGUACUGUAAAUUAACACUUUAUUGAACUUUUUUUCACAAAUCCUCGAUUUAGGGGUUUCCGAUAGAGCUAUUUUCAAAGCAAAAAAAUGAAUAAGCUUUUGGGAAUCAGCACUAUCGAAAUCCCUUACAGACCUGAUCCAGUGGCAAAAACGUACCAUUUUGCAUCCGGGAAGUAUCAAAAAUGUGGCAAAAUGCUUCCCUCUCCAAGUGAAAAAAAAACUUUGUCUUGAAGGGCGCGCCGCUUCCCUCGCAAAAAGAGCGGGCGCGCUGUUGUAAUCGGAGUUUUUUUUACUUGAAGAGGGAUGCAUUUUGCCACAUUUUUGAUACCUCCCGGAUACAAAAUAGUACGUUUUUUGCCACUGGAUCAGGUCACUGCAAGGGAUUUCGAUAGUGCUGAUUCCGAAAAGCUUAUUCAUUUUUUGCUUUGAAAACAGCACUAUCGGAAACCCCUAAAUCGAGGAUUUGUCAAAAAAGUUCAAUAAAGUACUAGUCUACAGUGCUGCUUAAGAAAAAAAGUAACGAGUAGAAAAAAUGAAUAUGAUUUAUGAAAUCAGCGCCAUCGGUUAUCUUAAUUUAGACAUUUACACGCAUGAAAAAUACUGUCUUUCAGUUUCCCCAGUUGUCUUUUUUCCCUAUUGACGAAGUUUUUUUACAUUCAAAUUCGAACAAAUUGAGAGCCCAAUUGACGAUUUUUUGGUCGAAAAAUCACUAAAAUAAUGUCCUUCAGCGAUCCUUCGAAUCAUCUCUUCGGUAAUGCUCUUCGGAAACAUUAAAUUGGUGCAAGAAAAGAAGUCGGAACAGGCAUGUCUGGCCGAUGACAGAGUGGCUCAGAAGGUGUGCCAUCUUCUUGGACUUUCGGUUCAAGAUUUUAGCAAGGCCUUCCUAAAGCCGAAGAUCAAAGUUGGCCGUGAAACGGUCCAGAAAGCCCAGAACAAAGAGCAAGCCGAGUUUUCGGUCGAGGCCAUCUCCAAAGCAUCGUACGAACGGAUGUUCAAGUGGUUGGUACAGCGGAUCAAUAAAAGUUUGGACAGAACUCGUCGUCAGGGCACUUCUUUCAUUGGAAUCCUUGAUAUUGCUGGUGAGUUGGGGGAGAAAAAGGGACAGAAUUGAAUUUUAGAGGGUGUUUUUUGAUUUGACAUAAAAAAGAUGUGUUUUUGGAGCUUUUGAGACCUUUUUUGGGUCAUAUUUAUAUUAUACUGGGUGAUUUUUAGGCUUCGAAAUCUUUGAGAUGAACUCCUUCGAACAAAUCUGCAUCAACUACACGAACGAAAAGCUCCAACAGCUCUUCAACAACACGAUGUUCAUCCUCGAACAGGAGGAGUACCAAAAAGAAGGCAUCGACUGGCAGUUCAUCGACUUUGGCCUCGACCUGCAGCCCACCAUCGACCUCAUCGAGAAGCCGAUGGGCAUUCUCGCCCUCCUCGACGAACAGUGCCUCUUCCCGAAGGCCACCGACAAGAGUUUUGUGGAAAAGUUGACCGCCAACCACGAAAAGAACCCCAAGUUUGUGAUCCCCGAGAUGCGGUCCCGCUCCGAUUUUGCUGUCGUCCACUACGCCGGCAGGGUGGAUUAUAGCGCGGACAAGUGGCUCAUGAAGAAUAUGGACCCGUUGAAUGAAAACGUGGUGGCGUUGAUGCAAAAUUCGUCGGAUCCCUUCGUCCAAGGCAUCUGGAAGGAUGGUAAGCGGGGUUUUGAGGAUUUUUUUGAAGUUUUGACCGAUUUUUUGGGGUUUUUUUUUUGUGGAAUUUUGAAGAUUUUGAUGGAAAUUUUAGAUUUUUUUCGGAAGUUUAUUAUUAUUUUUCUGCUUUUUGUGAGAUUUUUUAUAUUUUUUUCGACUUUUAGCAUGAAUAUUUGGCAUACUGUAUUUUUGAUGACAAAAAUUUUUUUGAAUUUUGAAUUUUUUUGGGUGUGAUCUUACAGUUUACGCUCUUAAUAUCCAUUUUCCAGCCGAAUUUGCGGGAAUGGGAGCCACCGAAGUCGCGGAAAGCGCUUUUGGCGGAGUCCGAACCAAAAAAGGAAUGUUCCGAACAGUCUCCCAAAUGUACAAAGAACAGCUCCAAAAACUCAUGUCCACCCUGCGCAACACAUCCCCCAACUUUGUCCGUUGUAUCAUCCCCAAUCACGAGAAAAAGCCACGAAAAAUUGACCCGUUAUUGGUCCUGGAACAGCUCCGUUGCAACGGAGUCUUGGAAGGAAUCCGAAUUUGCCGUCAAGGCUUCCCCAAUCGAGUUCCAUUCCAGGAAUUCCGUCAUCGCUAUGAGCUCCUGGCCCCUGGAGUUAUCCCCAGAGGAUUUAUGGACGGAAAGGAGAGCGUUAAGUAGGGAAAUUUUUGAUUUUUUGGUAUUAGAUGUCAUGGAUAAUAUAAUUGAUGUUGGAGAAGUGAUUUUGACAACUUUUCAGAAAGAUCCUAGAUGCUUUGGAGAUUGAACCCAACAGCUAUCGGAUCGGAAUGUCCAAGGUCUUCUUCCGCGCCGGCGUACUGGCCAAAUUGGAGGAGGAUCGGGACAUCAAAAUCACCGGCCUGAUCAUCGAUUUCCAGGCCCGUUGCCGCGCCUUUUUGGCCCGAAGAUUCUACGAAAAACGGGUGCAGCAGAGCAGCGCCAUCCGAGUCCUCCAACGAAACGCGUAUUCAUGGCUGAAGCUGAGGAACUGGGAGUGGUGGCGGCUUUUCACCAAGGUCAAGCCACUCUUGCAAGUCACCAAUCAAGAACUGGCCCUCCAACAGAGAGAUGAUGAGCUGAAGGUGGUCAAAGAAAAGGUCGGGAAGUAUGAAGCCGAACUGAAUGAAGUGAACCAAAGAUUGGAGAGUCUUCAUGCCGAACGAACCAGAUUACAAGACCAAUUGCAACAAGAAACGGAGGAAAGAGCCGAAAUUGAUGAACUCCGGCAAAGAUUGUUGGUGAAAAAUGAAGAACUCAGUGAAAUGGUGAAUGAUCUACAGUUUAGGUAAGGAAUUUUGAGAAAUUAGCGGUUUCGAGCUGCGCCCGAGCCUGGCGGACAUUUUAUACGAAGAAUUGUAUGAUAAGUUGAAAGCCUCGGAAAUUGCUAAAAUUUCGAUUUUAGGCUCGAAGAAGAAGAACAACGAUCUACACUGUCGUCCGACCGCCUCAAAAAGCUCGAGGAAAACAUCCGCGACCUCGAGGAACAACUGGAAUCCGAAGAAAGAAAACGCCAAAAAACCCAUCUCGACAAGAUUACACUGGAAGAUCGUCUGGUCAGAAAUGAAGAACAGAUCGCUGAACUUGUUGUGAGUUUGGUUUUGAGAGGAUUUGAACGCAAUUGCAGUGAAAUUUCAAGAUUUAUCGAUAUUACUUUAGGACGCGAAUGAAAAGCUGUCGAAAGAACGAAAAUGGUUCGAAGAACGCGCCAACCAGCUGGAAAAUCAACUGGUCGAGGAAGAGGAAAAGACCAAACAGGCCAACAAGCUCAGAGCCAAGUGGGAACAACAGUGUCAGGAGACGGAAGGAGAGUUGGAAAAGGAAAAGACUGGAAAGCAGGAACUGGAGAAAUUGAAGAGAAAAACGGAUGUGGAACUGCAAGAGACACGCGAACUUUUGGAAGAAAAAAGGAAUAAGAUCCAAGAAUUGAAUAUGCACUAUCAAAAGGCUCAAGAGGAAUUGACCAGCUUGUACUGCAGGUAGGAAGAUGGGCUAGUGUAAUAUAAAAAAAUUUUCAAAGUUUAGAAAAAUUGAUUUUUAUGGGCUGAAUAGAGUAUGAGAAGAAAGAUGAAAGCUUAUUUUGUAGUGUUUGAGAAGUUUUAAAUGCCAUUUUAUAUUGUUUUAGGUGGUUUAGAUGAUUUGUCAAAAACUUUGGAUUUUUUGGUAAACAAUUUUUUUCUGGCAAUUAAAAAUGAUUCUAUAUUGUCUAGAAUUACUAUAAACGUCUUUUAAUUUGAGGUCCGACGAAGAAAAUGCGGUGAUUUCCCAUCUCCAGAAGCAACUCCGCGAUUACGAAGCGCAGAUUGAGGAAAUUCGUGAUGAUUUGGAAAAUGAACGUCAACUUCGCAUCAAAGCCGAACACAAACGCAAGGACUUGGCUGCGGAAUAUGAGACGCUCAAAACGGAGUGUGUUGAAGCCGUGGAUAAGUCGCAAUUGGCCAUGGAAAUUCAGAGGAAAAAGGAUGAUGAAUUGAGGCAGUUGCAGGUAAAAUUAGAGGAAUUUUGGGUGGAUAACGGGGAAAUUAGGUAGUUAAAGGAAGAUAAAAAGCCAUAUUGAAGGAUUUACGGCUAUAAUCUAGGAGAUUUUUGGGGAUAGUGUUAGAUUUUUUGAUGUUAUACUUGAUGGACCAAUGAGAUCCAAAAAAAACUUUCAAUUUUUCAGAGCACAAUAGAAGCUGUGAGUCAAGAAGGCCAAAAGAAACUGGACGAAGUCCGACAAAAGUAUCAGCGUCAAGUUGAAGAACUCAUCGAUCAAAUUGAACAACAAAAACGCCUCAAAACGCAGGCCGACAAAUCGAAGGAGACCCUCGAACAAGAACAUGAAGAACUCCGCGCAGAACUCGAAACCAUCGCUGCACAGAAGAGUGAGGCCGAGAAUCGACGAAAACAAGCCGAAGCAGUCGUACUGGACCUGAGAGCAUCGCUGGAAACGGCCGAACAGCAGAUCGGCGGACUUCAGGAACAGCUGAAUAGGGUGAGGAGAGGGAAUUUUUUGAAGGAAUAGAGGUUUUUUUGGGGCCUUUUUUUAUUUGGGCUUGUUAUCAGUUGAUUUUAAAAUAAUUUUUUUUGCCGUUUUUUUUGGGAUUAGUCAUUGUCAAUAUUAUAGUAGGUUAUAGUUUGAAAAUGAUAAAAGGAAUUUCCGAUUUGAUGACUAAUUCCAAGUCAAUGUAAUGUUCAGUGAAGGACCUGAUCCAGUGGCAAAAAAUGUAUCGUUUUCCAUCCAGAAAGUAUCAAAAAUGUGGCAAAAUACCUCCCUCUCCAAGUGAAAAAAAAACUAACUCAGUUUUGAAGAUCGCGCCUUUUCCCACACAAAAAGAGCGGGCGCACUUUUUAAAUCGGAGUUCUUUCACUUGGAGAGGGAGGUAUUUUGCCACAUUUUUUGAUACUUCCUGGAUGCAAAAUGGGACUUUUUUUGCCGCUGGAUCAGGACCCCACUGUACGUCAUGCUGACUGGGAAUUAGUCAUCAAGUCGCAAAUUCCACUUAUCGUUUUCAAACUAUAACCUACUGUAAUAUUUAUAACGACUAAUCUCAAAAAACCGACAAAAAACUUAUUAGAAGCCACUGAUAAAUUGUAGGAAGAACUCGAGUAUGAUUAGGUGAUUUUUGAAUUUGGAAAUUGCAUUUAAUUUGACAUUGUUUUAGAUUCAACCCGAGUUCGAUGUCGCCCAACGCCAACGAGAAGAGUUCGAACAACUCGUCAACUCCCAGCAACACAAGAUCAGCUCCUUGGAAGGCCAGGUCACCGAAGCGCAAGAGCUCUUGGCCGAUGAGACUCGUCAAAAAUUGGCUGCACAAAGCCAAGUCCGUCAGCUUCAAUCCGAAAUCCAAAACUUGCUCGAAACCAAAGAGGAGAUGGAAUUGGCGCAGCAAAAAUUGGAGGCCGACAUUCAAGCCCUAAAGGCACAAUUGAGCGAAGAGAAGAAACGAUCCGAGGAAGCGGUUGUGGGCCAGUUGGAAGAGCAGAAAAAGAAAUUCCAAAAGGAACUGGAGAACGUCCAAAAAGAAGUCGAAGACUUGCUUGGCGCAAGAGAUCGGGCCGAAAGGGCGAAGAAGAAGUUCCAGCAAGAGGUGAGGAGAAGCUGGGUUGACUGAGGGGGGUUGGGAAGAGGAUUUUGAGGGAGGAAAAAGGGGUUUUGGGGGAUUUUAGAGGUGUAGUGUCAUGUGUAAUAUAAAAAAUGUCCAAGAAGAAGCCAAAAGUAAGAUUAAUUGGCUUUAUAUUGCCUCAGGGAGAAGGUAGAUUAAUAUAGAAGGGAAUGAGAUGUAUUGAAACAAGGAGAAGACGGUUUUGAGAGAGAAACGGGGUUUUUUAGAAUUUUAGAGGUUUAGUGUCAUGUGUAAUAUAAAAAAUGUCCUAGAAGAGGCUAAAAGUAAGAUUAGUUGGCUUUAUAUUGCCUCAAGGGAAGGAAAAAUUAAUAUAGAAGGGAAUGAGAUGUAUUGAAACAAGUCUUGGGCCAUAAUUUUAUGGUUUAUUUCAUCCUUCCUCCCAAAUUCCCAAAAAAAAUUUGAUGAGUUAAUUUUUAGGUGGAAGAUCUGAAUAUCGAACUGGAGAAUGUCCGCACUACCUCCAGAGACGCCGACAAGCGCCAAAGGAAGUUUGACCAACAGCUUGCCGAAGAGAGAGCCAACCUCCAAAAGGUGGUCGCCGAAAGAGAUGCCCUGGAACAGGAUGCCAGAGACCGCGAAACCAAACUUCUUGGACUUCAGAAUCAACUUGAAGAACUCAAAUCCCAACUGGAUGACUCGGAAAGAGUCAAGAGAAUGCUUCAACUCGAAUUGGAAGAGUCGGUGAGGAAGUUGAGAAUUUUUGUCUAGUAUAAUAUAAAAUUUGAUGAUUCUUGCGAAAAAAUUAUGUUUUUCCUUCAGGUUUCUUCCAAGGAUGACGUCGGAAAGAGUGUUCAUGAAUUGGAACGCGCCAAACGCCAACUGGAACAAGAGUCCGCUGAUCUGAGAGCCCAGAUUGAAGAGCUCGAAGAUGCGGUUCAGCUGGCUGAAGAUGCGAGACUGAGAAUUGAAGUCACUUCGCAAGGCCAGAAAGCCGAGUUUGAGCGGAUUUUGGCGCUGAAGGAACAAGAAGAUGAGGACAAGCGGCGCUCCUUGUUGAAGCAGGUCCGAGAAUUGGAAGAGGAGCUGGAACAGGAGAGAAGAAGCAAGGUAAGGCUGGGAAUUGGUGAUUAUUUUAAGUGAAUUGUAUCAUAAUGGUAUGUACGGAUAGAUAGAGUGGCAAAAAUUGAUUUUAGAUGGGUUUGGAAUAGAUUUUUGGCCGAAAUUUUUUGUUUUUUUUUUAAUUUUUUUUCAUAAAUAAUUCAGCCUUUUUUGGUAAUUGUAGGGAAUUUAAGAUGUUUAAGACAUUUUUUUAUAAUUUAUACAGAAUUUUUUAUAUUAUUUUAGUCAUUUUUCUCCUAAAAAUACAAUUUAGUUUCGAAAAAAUCAAUUUUUCCCCUUUUUUCAGGUCGGAACCGUCGGUCAAAAGAAGCAACUCGAAAGCCAGGUCCUAGAACUCCAACAACAACUCGAACAGCACAUCCGACAAAAGGAUGACAUGAGCAAACAGCUCAAGAAAUUCCAACAACACAUCAAGGAACAGCAAGUCAAAGUGGACGAACAACAAAAGCAACGAGAAGAGAUGGCCGCCCUUCUCCGCGAAGCCGAACGCCGGAUGCGGCAGGCCGAAGGAGAGGUGAUCCGACUCCAAGAAGCCACCGAGAGUUUGGCCGCGCAGAAACGAAAACUGGAAGCCGAAAGAGACGAGCUGGAGGAGCUGAGAGGCAAAGGAGGCAUCUCAUCCGACGAGAAGAGACGAUUGGAAAAUAGAAUCACAGUUUUGCAAGAGGAGGUGGAGGAGGGAGAAACGGCACUCCUCGAGCUUCAAGACAAGAUCAGAAAGGCCCAGCAAAAUGUAGGGUUUCGUAGGAUGUGCGGCAGAUUUUUUGUCGCAAUAUCUUUGCAGUAAUCCCAGCCAAAAUGAAAGGCAUAACUUUGCUAGAAACGGAAUUCAAACCAUUUCAUUUCAGGCCGAUCAAGCCGGAAUUGAACUCAACGCCGAACGCGCGAACGCUCAAAAAUUGGAGACCGAAAUUCAGAGCCUCGAACGGCAGAACCGAGAGCUCCGCUCACAAGUUGUCGAACUUGAAACCCUUACUCAAACGCGGACCCGAGCUCAAAUCGGAUCGUUGGAGUCGCAGGUCAAGCAGCUGCAAGAUCAGCUGACCGCGGAAAGUCAGGAACGGCAGAACGCGAGCCGAAUGCUGAGAAGAAUGGAAAAGAGGGUCGCCGAAGCCAAUGCUCAAACCGAAGAGGAGAGAAGAGCUGUGGAACAGUUCAAGGAAGCGGUAAGCAAGAUUUUGGAUGGAAUGCGGGAUGUGAAGGGGUGGAUAUGUUGGACAAGGGAGAGUUUUUUUGUUGUAGUAGACGAAGAGGUGGUAAUUUUGAAGGAUUGGGUAAUUUUGAGUAAACAAAUUUGAUGAAAAGCGAGUAAAGGCCAUUUUUAUGGCUUUUGUGAUGUCUAGAUUUAUAUUUUAGCCCGGCAAAAUACUUGUGUAAAAGUGGGGCAAGAGCUGACCAAAGGAAAUUUUUGAAGAGUUUUGGAUUUUUUAGUUGAAUUGUAGGUUGGAAAAGGCGAUAGGGAUGAUUGCUAAGGCUCAGAGGACAUUAAGACCGAUAUAUUUUGGACUGGCCAGGGCGUGGUAAAAAAUGUGGUAAAAGGGGACCAAUUUUUUUUCAUUUUUGAAAUUUUGAAGUAGUAAAGUGGCGGAUUGGUCCAGUGGCAAGAUGUGUACCAUUUUGCAUCUGGGAAGCAUCAAAAACGCAGCAAAAUACCUCCCUCUCCAAGUAAAGAACUCCGUUUUGAAGAGCGUUCUUUUUUCACUAGGAGAGGGAGGUAUUUUGCUGUUUGUUUUUUGAUACUUCUCGAAUGCAAAACGGUACGUUUUUUGCCACUGGAUUAGGUAUGCCACUUUGCCAUUUCAAAAUUCCAAAAACGAAAAAAAAAAUUUUGGUCCCCUCUUACCACAUUUUUUACCACGCCCUGACCAGUCCAAAAUAUAUCGGUCUUAAUGUCCUCUGAGCCUUAACAGUCAUCCUUACCGCCUUUUCCAACCUACAAUUCAGCUAUUAUAAUCCAUAACUUCAAAAAUUUCUUUUUAAAUUUUGGUCACCAGAUUAGUUUUAGGCCUUUAGGAGGAUGUUUAUAGGUCUUGAAAAGGUUGGAAAAUACAGUUCGAGAAAGAUGAAGGACAAAGAUUACAGUAAAUAUCCAUUUUUUCAUUGUUUCCUUUCAGGCGGACCGCGCCAACGCCAAAGCCCGUCAAAUGCGUCGGCAGGUGGACGAACUGGAGGAAGAAGUGAGCCGCGAACGCGCGCGCGCUCGCGCCUACCAACGCCAACUCGACGACGUGCACGCCAACGACACCAUCGCCUAA